AUGGCGGGCGGUCGCAAAUCCAAGGCCGCGGCUCCAGCUCGCCCCCAGAACACGCUCGUCCUCGACAAUGGCGCCUGGACGCUCAAGGCCGGCCUCGUCUGCGGCGGCUCCAUCCCCGAGCCUCGCGUCGUCCAAAACUGCAUCGCGCGCGAUCGCUCAAAGAAGAUUUACGUUGCGUCGGAGCUCGACAGAUGCCGGGACUUUGGCGAGAUCCAGUUCCGACGGCCGGUCGAGAAGGGCUAUCUGGUCAACUGGGAGGCGCAAAAGGAGAUUUGGGACCAGGAGCUGUUUGGCGACAAGGCACAGCUGAAAUGCGACCCCAGCGAGACCCGGCUGAUGCUCACGGAGCAGCCGAAUGCGCUGCCCGUGCUGCAGACGAACUGCGACCAGAUUGUCUUUGAGGAGUACGGCUUCUCGAGCUACUACAGAGGCGUUGGCUCGACGUUCAAUGCAUAUCACGACCUGCAGAGCCUCUUCCGUACGCCAAAAGACGCCCUUACAGCCGCCAACACGCCAGCUGAGAUUAUGCUGGUAGUCGAUUCCGGCUUUUCGCACACGACAAUCACUCCCCUCCUCGGCGGACGACCCCUCCACUCGGCCAUUAGGAGAAUCGACAUUGGCGGCAAGUUCCUGACAAACUACAUGGCUCGCCUCAUCUCCCUGCGCCAUUUCGACAUGCGAAACGACUUGUACAUUGUCAACGAGAUGAAGGAAGCGUCGUGCUACGUUUCUGCCGACUUCAAGAGAGAUCUAGAACGCACAUGGAAGGGAACGAGAGGAGAGAAGCGCGAGGAUUACAUCUCCGGAGCUGGGAUUGUCAAAGACUACGUUCUGCCAGAUUUUCACACUAGGCACAAGGGUAUCCUCCGUGAAUACGAUCCUGCUCAGCAUACGAAAUCCAAAAAACUGGCCGCAGCAGGCCACUCAGAAGAAGACGUCUUGACUCUGCGAAACGAGCGAUUCACCGUCCCAGAACUCAUCUUCCGUCCGUCAGACGUGGGUAUGCGACAGCCCGGUCUUGCAGACGCCAUUCAGCAAUCUCUCCACGAGCUGCCCAUUGGCCUCUGGCCUGGCCUUCUCGCCAAUAUCGUUGUAGUCGGCGGUAGCUCUCUGUUCGACGGGUUCAUUCAGCGCCUGCAAAAGGAGCUCGUGCAGCUUGUCCCCGACGACUGUAUCGUCCGCGUCGCCCGCCCUGCGGAUCCCAUCACCAACACAUGGUACGGAGCCGCCCACAUGGCAAAUCAUCCAAACAUCGAAAAAGUGGCCGUCACGAAGCAAGAGUACGAAGAGAACGGCAGUGCAUGGAUAGCCCGCAAAUUCUCAACAGGCCUCUUGACUCCCUGA